ACAGUAGUUACUCAUUAGUCUGUCAAACUCAUUAGUACUCAAACACAGUCAAAAAAUAAAUUGAGACGAAAAAAUGGCCGAAGGAAAGAAAAACGAAAAUGAAGAAAGCUGGCUUUAUGGUGGGGAUAAACCAAAAGAAACAUCGGAAUUGGACAAAGCAAAGCAUGUUGUUUGUUCCCCAAAGAAGAAGCAACCAGAAAGCGAGUUAACUGAAUUCGAUGAUCCGGCCAAGGAAAUGGAGGAAGAUGAGGAGGCUUUAAUGAUAAACAGUGAAUCCGACAUGCCACCGUUGCAUGGUAAUGGUAACGUCUCGGAGGGGGACGAGGACUCAGAAGAUGAUGUCAAUAUAGUCAUAGGUCACAUUAAUCCUACAUCAAAUGUUCGCCAGCUAACGAAUCUCCUGACCUGCUCGAGUGUAACUGAUAAGGCCAAACCAUCAGCUCUGACAGGUCAAUUUAGCGUGACGGAUUUUCAAGGAAUCGGUGAAACCAUAAAUGAUAUACCAGCGCAUGAGUUUAGCAUUGAUUCUCUUGAGGAGAAACCUUGGCGGAAACCGGGAUCAGAUAUCACAGAUUAUUUUAAUUACGGAUUUAAUGAAAUGACCUGGCGAGCAUACUGCGAACGACAAAAGCAUAUGCGUAUAACUGAAAGCGGGGCGGGAAUGAUCAGCCUCACACAGAACCCCUAUAACAAUGUGGGUUUGGUAGGUGUCAAAAUGGAAGAUACCACAAUGCAAAUGCCACCAGGCACCAUAAUGCAGCCUCCUCACCUAGCAAUGGGAAUGGGAAUGCGAUCUUGCCGUCCAAUUACGGCCUGCAAAGAACAGGUCAUCAAGGUUUUAACGGCAGAAAAUCGGCAUUAUCCACGUAUGAAUCUAAAUUUUCCACCCCCACCUCCUGGAGUAACAGAUGAUUCGUACCUUCGUGAGCAGGAUUCCUUCGAUUAUGGCUAUGCCGAACAGCACAAUUGGAUGCCUACUAGCAUAAAAGAACUAACCCCAUCGAAUGAGCUGCAGAUGCUACCAGAGUCCCUAGAUAAUUCGUUUCCAACUCCGUCGAAUAUGUCGAUUCCACAUCAGAUGAUGAUGCCUCCGCAAGAUGAAGACCACAAACCAAUGAGCGAACCAUCACCACAUCCAAGAGUCCCAUUUUCCACAAACGACACCAAUUCAUAUAGAACAUUCUCAUCAUUACCUUCCAUUUUGACGGUAUCCAAGGAUGUCGGAGAUGAAAAUAAGCGUGAAAGCAGGCGGUCUGUUAAGUACAAUGAGCCCAAAAGAGACAGUUCUUCUUUUCAGUUACGAAAAGACUUUAUGGACAUGCUUAGCGAACGUCAAGAUAUAAACAAUAAUACUCGAUGGUAUGAUAUUAAAAAGAAACUGAGACAUGAUCCACGCUAUCGUGCUUUGGACUCUGUCUAUCGUGAGGAAUACUUUUGUGACUAUUUGCACAUUAUCAUCAGAGAAGGGAAGCGUAAACGAGAGCACAAAGAAUGCCACCGCAGAGAUUCAUCAACGUCCUCGUCGAAGAGACAAGAGACCCGCCCUUGGUCUAGGGAAAAAAUUAGUUACAGCAUUGCGAGAUCACGAAGAAAUAUCUAACAAAUAAUUCAGGACGUGUAAUUCAGAAUCCUAAGAAGUAAAUAAAAAACCUAAGCUGGUGAAAAUGA